ACAUUUCUUUUCCCUUUUUUUGAGGUGCAAAAUUAUCCAUGUCUCUCUUUUCUUCUCCUUCUCUCCAGUCCCUAAUCUUUGAGUAGCCAUGUCAAUGUAGCAGAGCAGCAGCAGUAACAAGUCUCGAACUUCCGAUAAUCUCUUUCUCUCUCCUCGUCAUUAAUGACUCUUCAAUCUCAGCGAGGCGUUGACUACAAUCCAUGGCUUCUCCAUCACUCCACCUCAACCCCUCUCCGUCACUUAUCGCCGGCGAAUUCUCGAAUUCCGUCGAAAAUUCCUGUUUUCCAGCGAAUUUCCGCCGUCAAUUGCCGUUUUUCAAUCCGAAAUGCCGGCGAUAAUCACGAAGAUUCCAGCGAAAUCAGCCGCGGAAGAAGAGGCGUUGUUCUCGCACCACUGCUAGCAGUCGGAGUUAGUUUCCUUCGAUCGACGGUAAUUAGGGCAGACGAGAACCUUCCAGAAGCUCCAAUUCCGCCGAGUGCUGCGAUUGCUCCGGUGGAGAAGGUGGAGGAGACAGCGUCGAGGAUUUACGAUGCGACGGCGAUAGGAGAGCCGUUGGCGGUGGGUAAGGAUAAGAGUAAGGUGUGGGAGAAGGUGAUGAAUGCGAGGAUUGUGUAUUUAGGUGAGGCGGAGCAAGUUCCGAUACGCGAUGAUAAGGUGUCGGAGCUUGAGAUUGUGAAGAUUUUGAAGAAGAGAUGUGUUGAGAGUGACCGAGCUAUUUCGCUGGCUCUCGAAGCGUUUCCUUGUAAUUUGCAGGAGCAGCUCAAUCGAUUUAUGGAUGGAAGGAUAGAUGGGGACACCUUGAGGUCUUAUACGGCACACUGGCCACCUGAGCGGUGGCAGGAAUAUGAACCUCUUUUACAUUACUGCCGUGAAAAUGAAAUUCGCCUGGUUGCAUGCGGUGCUCCACUUGAGGUGAUGAGGACUGUCCAAGCUGAAGGCAUUCGUGGACUUUCAACUGCUGAUCGUAAAAUGUACACUCCUCCUGCUGGUUCAGGAUUUAUACCAGGCCUUAAUUCCUUUUCUCGUAAAUCAUCAAAAGAGCUGACCUCUCUAAAUGAGGCAUUGACUUUUGGUCCUAGCUCAUACCUCACUGUACAAGCUAAGGCAGUUGAGGAUUAUGCUAUGGCUCAGUCCAUUCUGCAAGCAGUGACAGAUGGAGGAGCUUCUGGUUUGCUUGUUGUUAUCACAGGUGCGACUCAUGUCAUGUAUGGACCUCGUGGCACAGGGAUUCCAGCGAGAAUUUCAAAGAAGAUGCAAAAGAAGAACCAAGUCGUUGUACUACUCAACCCUGAAAGGCAAUCUAUGAGAAGAGAGGGAGAAGUUCCUGUCGCUGAUUUUCUAUGGUACUCUGCAGCUAGACCUUGCAGUCGUAAUUGCUUUGAUCGCGCUGAAAUUGCACGUGUAAUGAAUGCUGCUGGCAGGAGAAGAGAUGCUCUUCCUCAGGACCUUCAGAAAGGACUUGAUCUUGGUCUUGUGUCUCCAGAGGUGCUACAAAACUUCUUUGAUUUGGAGCAGUAUCCUGUUAUAUCAGAACUUACUCAUCGGUUCCAGGGUUUCAGAGAGCGGUUAUUAGCAGAUCCUAAAUUUUUAAAUAAAUUAGCUAUUGAAGAAACAAUAUCGAUGACAACGACUCUGAUUGCACAGUAUGAGAAACGCAAAGAAAAUUUUUUCCUGGAACUUGACUAUGUCAUUACUGACUCACUCAGGGGAGCUGUAGUUGAUUUUUUUACUGUGUGGCUUCCAGCCCCAACUCUUUCUUUCUUAUCUUUUAAUGAUGAGAUGGGUAUGUCCGACAGUAUGGAUUCUUUGAAGGGUUUGUUGGGAUCCAUUCCAGACAAUGCUUUUCAAAUGAAUCCUGUGGGGAAGAACUGGAAUCUGGGUCAUCGGCUUGCAUCAGUGCUUGUUGGUGGGCUGAAACUUGCUGGAGUUGGAUUUGUUUCUAGCAUUGGUGCUGUUGCUGCUUCAAAUGUCCUAUAUGCAGUACGUGGGUACCUCAAGCCAUCUUUGGUGACAAACCAGAAGAUUAAAAGAUCACCAAUCCUAAAAACUGCAGUUGUCUAUAGUAGCUUUCUUGGAACAUCAGCAAAUCUCCGGUAUCAGAUUAUUGCUGGUGUAAUUGAGCAUCGAAUAUCCGAGCUUCUACCUUCUCAAACGUUGCUCGUAAAUAUAAUAUCCUUUUGCGCAAGGAUCAUCAAUUCCUAUUGGGGCACCCAGCAAUGGAUUGAUUUGGCACGUUAUACUGGGCUGCAGACUCGCAACAGCGAAUCUCUUGAUGCUUCCAAUUCAGUUGAAGUUUCUGCCAUUGAAGGCAGCAGCUCAGAAGAGACCAAUGUCAAUGACGUCAAAAAUCAGUGAGCUUACAUUGGUUGCUAAAGUAUUGUACCUGUAUUGUAAUUCUUUCAUGCUUAGAUGUAUACUUGUAUAGGAACAGACAAAGCAGGUCUUUUCAGUAAGAAAUUCUUUUCUUCUUAGUUUAGGUCCAUUUUCGUAUGACAUCACAAUAGGAGAGUGACAUGGAUCACCAGCAAAAUUGAAUAUAGUUCCCUGCCUAAUACAUAUUAAAGCAACAAUUUUUUGCUAAA